UCCCAGUUCCUUUUUAAAUGACUGCGGAAAAAGAGACUCUCCGAGCCGCAAAUGGGAAGACGGAUUCUCAGACAAGGCUUGCGAAUGCUCCGCAGCCAUCAUUUAACUGCGCCCGCAGAACAGUUACGGUUUGUCACCCGACCCUCCCGGAUCGCCUCGUUUGUCCCUAACGAGACCCUGAGGCCCUGCUAGUGCUGGGCUUCUCGGUAGCUGGAUUCAUGUCGUGCUCUGGGCAGCGUGGGCGCGGGGCAAGCGUUCGCGCAUACCCGCGCACACACGAAAACGCGCAAGACUAAUUUUCUGGAGUUUCUGCCCCUGCUCUGCGUCAGCCCUCACGUCACUUCGCCAGCAGUAGCAGAGGCGGCGGCGGCGGCGGCUCCCGGAAUUGGGUUGGAGCAGGAGCCUCGCUCGCUCCUUCUCUCCUGCUCUCCGCGCUCAGUGCCCAGAGACAGGAGGAGCCUGGACCCAGGCGCCGUCGGCUGGCGGUAGGCGCCGGAGCCCGGGUGAGCAGCGCGGACAGUGCCCUCCGUCGUCUUGGCCCUCACUGUCACCCCUGGGCGGCCUCAGGCGGCUCACCAGCCCCGAGGUGUGUCCCGAAUCCCAGUGAGCCUCUAGCAAGAAGCCUGCGCCCCAGAGAGUCCCGGGAGCGCCGCGGGCCGGUGCCCAGCGCGCUGGGCCAUGCAGUGGCGGCCGCGGCGGAGCUCCAAGCGGCGGGAGCGCCCCCUGUGAGACGGCCCAAGAUGCCCCAGCGGCUGUGAACGGUGCUGCCCACCAGGACACAAUCAGUCCCCGGACACGCUCGGCUCUGCGCGCCCGCAACCAGCACGGAAUAGAGAGAGCUGCGAGCGCGGCAAAGACUGCCCAGCAUCGGCUGGAGAGGCCAGCUGGUGCAGCCCAGGGACACGUACUCAGUCUGACUCGGGCUGGCACUGGCGGCUAGGGAUGUCGUCCUGGAUGAGGUGGCAUGGACCCGCCAUGGCGCGGCUCUGGGGCUUCUGCUGGUUGGUUGUGGGCUUCUGGAGGGCCGCUCUCGCCUGUCCCACGUCCUGCAAAUGCAGCGCUACUCGGAUCUGGUGCAGCGACCCUACUCCUGGCAUCGUGGCGUUUCCGAGGCUGGUGCCUAACAGUGCAGAUCCUGAGAACAUCACCGAAAUUUACAUUGCAAAUCAGAAAAGGUUAGAAAUCAUCAACGAAGAUGAUGUUGAAGCUUACACAGGACUGAAAAAUCUGACAAUUGUGGAUUCUGGAUUAAAAUUUGUGGCUCACAAAGCAUUUCUGAAAAACAGCAACUUACAGCACAUCAAUUUUACCCGAAAUAAGCUGACGAAUUUGUCUAGGAAACAUUUCCGUCACCUUGACUUGUCUGAGCUGAUCUUGGUGGGCAAUCCGUUUACAUGCUCCUGUGAUAUUAUGUGGAUCAAGACUCUUCAGGAGACUAAAUCCAGUCCAGAAACUCAGGAUUUGUACUGCCUAAAUGAAAGCAGCAAGAAUAUCCCCCUGGUGAACCUGCAGAUACCCAAUUGUGGUUUGCCCUCAGCAAACUUGGCCGCGCCUAACCUCACUGUGGAGGAAGGAAAGUCUAUCACAUUAUCUUGUAGUGUUGCAGGCGAUCCAGUUCCGAAUUUGUACUGGGAUGUUGGUAAUCUGGUUUCCAAACAUAUGAAUGAAACAAGCCACACACAGGGCUCCUUAAGGAUAACUAACAUUUCAUCUGAUGACAGUGGAAAGCAAAUCUCUUGUGUGGCAGAAAAUCUUGUAGGAGAAGAUCAAGAUUCUGUGAACCUCACUGUGCAUUUUGCUCCAACUAUCACAUUUCUCGAAUCUCCAACCUCAGACCACCACUGGUGCAUUCCAUUCACUGUGAAAGGCAACCCCAAACCAGCGCUUCAGUGGUUCUAUAAUGGGGCAAUACUGAACGAGUCCAAAUACAUCUGCACUAAAAUCCACGUUACCAAUCACACGGAGUACCAUGGCUGCCUCCAGUUGGAUAAUCCCACUCACAUGAACAAUGGGGAUUACAAGUUAGUUGCCAAGAACGAGUACGGGAAGGAUGAGAAACAGAUUUCUGCUCACUUCAUGGGCUGGCCUGGAAUCGAUGAUGGUGCAGACCCAAAUUAUCCUGAGGUAAUUUAUGAAGAUUAUGGAACUGCAGCGAAUGAUAUUGGUGACACCACGAACAGGAGUAACGAAAUCCCUUCCACAGAUGUUGCUGAUAAAACUGGUCGGGAACAUCUCUCGGUAUAUGCUGUGGUGGUAAUUGCAUCUGUAGUGGGAUUUUUCCUGCUGGUAAUGCUGUUUCUAUUGAAGUUGGCAAGACACUCCAAGUUUGGCAUGAAAGAUUUCUCAUGGUUUGGAUUUGGGAAAGUAAAAUCAAGACAAGGUAUUGGCCCGGCUUCAGUUAUCAGCAACGAUGAUGACUCUGCUAGCCCUCUCCACCACAUCUCCAAUGGGAGCAACACCCCAUCAUCUUCAGAGGGCGGCCCCGAUGCCGUCAUUAUUGGAAUGACCAAGAUCCCUGUCAUUGAAAAUCCCCAGUACUUUGGCAUCACCAACAGUCAACUCAAGCCAGACACAUUUGUUCAGCACAUCAAGCGACAUAACAUUGUUCUGAAAAGGGAGCUAGGCGAAGGAGCCUUUGGAAAAGUUUUCCUAGCUGAAUGCUAUAACCUCUGUCCUGAGCAGGACAAGAUCUUGGUGGCAGUGAAGACACUGAAGGACGCUAGUGACAACGCACGCAAGGACUUCCACCGCGAGGCCGAGCUGCUGACCAACCUCCAGCACGAGCACAUCGUCAAGUUCUAUGGCGUGUGUGUGGAGGGCGAUCCCCUCAUCAUGGUCUUCGAGUACAUGAAGCACGGGGACCUCAACAAGUUCCUCAGGGCACAUGGACCCGAUGCCGGGCUGAUGGCCGAAGGCAACCCACCGACGGAGCUGACGCAGUCACAGAUGCUGCACAUCGCCCAGCAGAUCGCCGCGGGCAUGGUCUACCUGGCGUCCCAGCACUUCGUGCACCGAGACCUGGCCACCCGGAACUGCCUGGUCGGCGAGAACCUCUUGGUGAAAAUCGGGGACUUCGGCAUGUCCCGGGACGUGUACAGCACUGACUACUACAGGGUCGGUGGCCACACGAUGCUGCCCAUCCGCUGGAUGCCCCCAGAGAGCAUCAUGUACAGAAAAUUCACCACGGAAAGUGACGUCUGGAGCCUGGGGGUCGUGUUGUGGGAGAUCUUCACAUACGGCAAACAGCCCUGGUACCAGCUGUCCAACAAUGAGGUGAUAGAAUGCAUCACGCAGGGCAGAGUCUUGCAGCGACCUCGAACGUGCCCCCAAGAGGUCUAUGAGUUGAUGCUGGGGUGCUGGCAACGAGAGCCCCACAUGAGGAAGAACAUCAAGGGCAUCCACACCCUCCUUCAGAACUUGGCCAAGGCAUCUCCGGUCUAUCUGGAUAUUCUAGGCUAGGGCCCUGUCCCCCAGACUGACCGAUCCUUCCCAAAGCACCUCCUCAGAUGGGCCGAGAAGAUGAACGUCUUUUAACUGCCGCUGGAUGCCAUCAGUCUUCUGUUCUCUACUCUGACAGUAUUAACAACAAAGACACUAAGAAGCUUUCAGAGGGAAGCGAUGUGUACUUCUCCAUCCGUAGACACAGUGUGGACUUCCUUUUGGCAUUAUCUCUUUCUCUCUUUCCAUCUCCCUCGGUUUGUUCCCUCGUUUUCGUUUUCUCUUUUCUUUUCUUUUCUCUUCCCUGCUUCACAGUCCUUACCCUUUCUUUUUUAAUCGAUUUGGCUUCUGCAUUACUAUUAACUCUGCAUAGACAAAGGCCUUAACAAACCUGAUUUGUUAUAUCAGCAGACACUCCAGUUUGCCCACCACAACUAACAAUGCCUUGUUGUAUUCCUGCCUUUGAUGUGGAUGAAAAAAAGGGAAAACAAAUAUUUGACUUAAACUUUGUCACUUCUGCUGUACAGACAUCGAGAGUUUCUAUGGAUUCACUUCUAUUUAUUUAUUAUUAUUACUGUUCUUAUUGUUUUUGGAUGGCUUAAGCCUGUGUAUGAAAAAAAGAAAACUUGUAUUCAAUCUGGGAAGCCUUUAUCUAUGGGAGAUUAAAACCAGAGAGAAAGAAGAUUUAUUAUAAACCGCAAUAUGGGAGGAACAAAGACAACCAUUGGGAUCAGCUGGCAUCAGUCCCUACUUAGGAAAAACCAGCGACUGUUAGCUGGGAGGAAUGUAUUUGGCUCCUUCCCUUGAGGACCUUUCUGAGGAGUGAAAAGACUGUUGCACUCUGUGCCAUGGACUAUUCUUUUUCCAUCACCAGAAACACUAGGGCAUAGUGGAGAGAAAAGACGGCUUCCGUGAGACACAAGAUGGUGCAUCACACAUUCAGACAGUCUUGGUUGUGUAAAUCAUGGCGAUACCACUGGUUUGUUUUUCCAAGCGUUAUCCACUGACCCUUUGUCAAGUUCAGUUGAAAACAGGUGAAUUCUUGUCUAGAGAUCAUUUCAGGGUUGGGUAGGAAAGCCAAGGACUUGGAAACCGAUAGGACAAGCUAUACAUUCGGAGGCAAGUUUCUCUUAUAUUGAACUUUUCAAAUAGCACUUCCCUCCGACCGCUACCCCACCCAUCCUUCUAACUGUGCAAGCAAAAUUGUGCAUGGUCUUCGUCGAUUAAUACCUUGUGUGCAGAAACUACUGUUCCAGACAUCGUGUCCCGGAUAUGUAGAGCAGAUUCAUAAAAGGUAUAACUUAUAUAAUUAGGGGAAGCUAAUGGAGUUCAUUAGCUGAAUAUAAAUGUCUCUGGGCCGUAUGGUGGUGAUGGGUUUUAACAAAUAUGGACCCUGAAGCCUGGAUGUCCUCAUGCACGUCAAACCCUCUGUGGGACUGUGGGAAGAGCAAAGUCAAUCCCUGAGGGAAAGGAAACCUCAUCCCUGGGGACAUCAUAUGCAUUGAAGUUCAGUGUACACAGGCCAAGUCCUUGCUCUGGGCUCUGGUUGGGAGAGUGGUUUCAUUCCAACUGUCAGUAUGCUCUUUUGUUUUCUUCACUCCAUUAAAAGAAGUAAAAAAUUAGGCACAGCAUGCCAAUGGGAGGCUAUGCCCAGACCAAGCUUUGGAGGUGUACUUCUGGGCACAGUCACAGGUUUUGUGAAAAGAGGUUGUAAAUUUAAAUAGAAAUUUACAGUUAUUUGGGUGAUCAGUUACACCAAGGAAGAAAACUAUUUCUGUUCCUGAAGAAAACUUGCUACCCUCUGUGAGGGGAAUUUUGCUAACUUGACAUCUUUAUAACAUGAGCCAGCUUGAAAGGGAGUGAUUUUAAUUCAUUUAAGUCAUUUUAUUUCAUAUUUGUUUCCGAAGGUGCAAUUGCUCUGUUUAGGUUUUGCUUGCGCUCUUAAUUACUGGAACACCUUAUUUUCCAUUAUAAGGUUUGAAAGCCAGUUCUCAAAACAAACAAACAGACAAACAAAAGUGUCAAUUAGCAGAGAACAAAAGGAAAUCCAGUAGCAUCUACAGUGAAGUGAAGGGAGUUGGAUAAGACAAACCCUAUAGUCCCUUCAAGUUCUGCGCUGGUGUAUGAGACAUGGGAGUUGAGUUGUUUGUUCUCUUUGUCAGUAGGAAAAAAAAACCCUCCAGAAUACACAUAAUAAUAUAAUGAAAGCCAUAUCUCCGUGAUAUAUACCUGCACGUAUAUAUCCUAUUAAGGACCCAUGGUACUGUUAAAACACUGUGGCACUCUGUGAAGCAGUAAAAAUAGGCAGAUUUGUACAAAACUUUUCUAGAUUCCAUCAGUGAUGACCUGAAAACUUACAUAGGUUUGUCAUUCUGCAUGACUGGCGAGCUGCUCUAGGGGAAGGAGCUGCAACUUACCUGUUUUAUUUUAACAGAGAGCAAAGGAGGCAAUAUUCUAAGGGAUCAAAUUCAAGGAGGGCUGCACAGUUUGAGAGCAAGGAUUUGGUUCAGGCAAAUGAGAAGGUGGGAGCAUUCCAUUCCAGGGCUGCAUUUUCCUCUGGAAAAAAAAAAAAAAAAAGCAAAAACAAACAAACAAAAAAACACCUCUCCUUACCUUUUGACAAGUCCCUCAAGGUCUUGAAAUGAAAGGUUCUAUGCAAGUGCAAAGCUUUACAGUUAUUUAUGUUUCUGAUUUUUCCCCCCUCUGUUGUCUCAAGAGUAUGUACUGAUUUCAGAGACGUCUUGCAUUGAAAGAGUACCAGAUUGCUUUUAAAGUAGCUGAAUGAACCACAGAAUAUCUUCAAAUGUUCCACACUUGUCCUCCACAAUCCCCUCUUCUCGUGCUGUUCUAAUUUUUAGAGAAGGAACCACCUCAUUCUAAAAUGUGAUGAUCACAGAAUACAGCCUGCCAUCAAAUUUGUUAAGAAUUACAACAAGUAGUAGUGACAAACCUAAUUCUCUAGCCGAAACUCUGACAAUCUUUUCUGUUUAUAAAUUGUUUAAUAGUUUUCCAAACAGUUUUCACAUAUGUUGGUAAAAUAUUCCCAUUUUUUUAUAGGUGAGAAAAUUGAGACUCGGAGAAGUUAAAUGGCAUGCUAGAAAUCUCCAGGCUAGCUUCUGGCACCAGUGCAACUUAAUCAAAAUGUUCUGACUCUGAAGUUCAUGAUUCUGUCCACUAGAGACUCCAAUCCAGAAAAGAAAGCAUGCUAAUAAAUUCAUGAAGCAGGAUAUAAAGUUAGAAGAACAAAAUGAAACACACAAGAUUGACAACAGCUGAAAUAUCAUGAUAUAUAAUCAUGCUCCUAGCUUCAGCUAAAUCCUUGUACACUGAACCAAUGUCAUAAUCAGGCUUAUUUAGACAACAUUUUGAACUAUCCUAUAAAGGAUUAUAUUGGAAGUCAUAUUAUACAUAUGUGUUCACAUCAGCGCUACCUGUGGUAUGUUCAUGUAUUUAUGUGUUAUAAAUACUUGAUUUAUACAUAUGCAAACACACAUAAUAGUGUGUGUACUUAUGUAUAAAUUUAUAGGCACACAGUAAUAGAGAUAAUUAUAAGUAGGGUGCAGUACGAAUAAUUUGCUUAAAAUCUGCUAAAUAACCAAAACUUUUUAGUGUCAUGUUGCUGUUAGUGCUUCCAUUCUCCAUGUGGGCAGGACUACACUGCACUUUUCAACUUUGUGCAGUACUGCAUGGGUGGAAGACAUAUUUAAGAUAAUGUGCUUCCCAAAACAACUGACUCAAAGCCAUCUCACUACACUGAGUCCUUUCUCUGGCUCCUUGCAAGGGAAAAUGCAGACUGAAAUAGACCUCCUUAUGUUAAAGGUCCAGGAAAGGAAUACGGAUUUUUUUCAUCUUUUGUAUUAUGCUCACCUUGUCCCAUUAUGACCUCUUUACACUUGUGUUCAGAGUCCAAUGUUCCAGAAGAGAGCUAGAAUGUUGGGAACCCAGUGUCUCAAAAGCUGAUGGGGAGAAGUCCAAGACCCCACAGCAAGGCGAGUGACUUAGGAAUAUCCACAUCCAAGUGGGAAUGCAGGCAACAGCAGCAUACAAGGCUGUCCUUUGCAAAGAGCCAUGAUGAAAGGGUCUCCUGGUCAGGAAUGGACUUAUCUUUUUAACUCAUCCUUUUGCAAGUUGGGCCGUCUGUAAUGCCAAAACAUUAAAUUAUGUAUCUAAUUAGAUAAAGACUGCAUACACACACAUCCUCAAUUCUCUUGCUCUCUCUCUUUCUCUCUCUCUUUUUUUUUCUCCCAAUGGAGGACUUUCAUUUCCAAUGUUGAGUUUUCGUUUGACUCUCUGUCACUGUUACAGAAAAUCUCAUGAGGGGGUGGUCAGUGAUCCAGCUCCUCAGAUGGCUAAAUGAGCAGUGAAAGCAAUUUCUUUAUGAUGUAUCAUUGUGGAAUGCAGAGACUCCGAGGUUGUGAUAGCAAAUGUUAUUCUAAAAAAUUAGGGGCGGGAGGGAUUUGUAGUUAAAUAAGACAGCACACGAAGGGGUAUUUUCAUAUUGUCAAGGCUGGAAUGAAUCAUUGCUUCUCAAGUCAAAGGUUCUUGACUAUCUUUAAGUUUUGAAUUUUUUUCCUUUUCUUUUCCUUUUCCUUUACUUAUUUAUAUGUGUAUGUAUGUAUGUAUGUGUGUAUGUAUUUAUUUAUUUAUUUACUUAUUUAUAUAUUUUGCUCCAUUUAUCACAAACACAAAGCAAAGCAAAAAAAUUUAUAUAUAUGUAUAUGUGUUGCAGGCAAAACACUGUGAACUUCACAACAGCAACCAAGCAACUAUUUUGCCAUCUUACCAUACGUCUCAGGAGACGAAAUGGGAAAACAUGGGAUGUCAUUUUUUUCAGUCUAUGCAUUCUAAGCCAGGUCCGUGUUUGUUUUAUUUCUUUGGUCUGUGAAUUAAUAAAAAUGAUCCCGAGUGAAGGUUAGCUGAAUGUUCAACAUAGUGGAACAAGCAUAAUCAAAGCUGCUAAUAGUCACAUGUUUGACGAGAAAAACAUUGGAGAAAAUGAAGUGAAACAUAACGGCCUACAUCUUGCAGCUUGUAUAUCGUACUAUUGCUUUAAAAAUGUAUAAAACAGCAGGAAAAGUUUUAAAUACAAGGUCUUUGAAUUAAAUGUGGAUCUUAAAUAUGUAAUUUCUUGACAAAUGACCAAAUUACAGUGAAAUAUUGCUCCCUGCCUUCAUUGAUCAUUACCUGUCACUUACAAAUCUGCCUAGAAAUGUGGACAUUCUCUGCAUUUGCUUCUGUAUAUGGAGAGAUGUUUGUAUAUAUCCGGCCAUACACACAGGCACACACACGCACACACACACACACACACACACACACACACACACACACACCAGUAUCUCUCUGAAGAUAUUUUGCCCCUUAAAUUGUGACCUGGUCUUUGGAACUCUUUUUAUUUGCUUUAUUUUCUUUUUAAUGUGACGUCUCUGUGCUGAUACUUACUGGUUCCUGUUUUUCAAUCUGUUUCGAGGUCCACUGCUUUACUAAGAACCACUGCAUCUUGGCUGAUUUCAAAGUGACACCAGAUUAUCAGUGUUUAAAAAAAAAAAAAAAAAAGUUUUGUUUGUAAAUCAUGUGACCAGCUUCUCUCAACCUGACAUGGAAAGUCUCUUGUACUACAGUGUAUUUAAAAAAAAUGAUGUCUUACAAUAAAUAACAUCCUCCAAAAGAGA